CUUCAAUAACUGUAAUCUAUAAAUAGACAUGUUUCCCACCCAUGCCAUUGCCAUCACCAAAGCAAUAUAUUAAGUUGAACACAGAGAGCUUAAUUAGAUAUGUCGACGAAAGGAGUCCAUUUCCUUGUAAUUGUUGCCCUCUUGUCUCUGGCAUCCUCCCUUGUCUCUGCCUACGAUCCCAGCCCUCUUCAGGACAUUUGUGUAGCCAUUGAUGACCCCAAGUCUGCUGUUUUUGUGAAUGGGAAAUUCUGCAAGGAUUUGAAACAAUCAAAGGCCGAAGAUUUCUUCUUCUCAGGACUCCAAAAUCCUGGAAAUACAAAUAAUCCAGUUGGGUCGAAUGUUACUCUUGUGAAUGUGGACAAACUACCAGGCCUCAACACUCAAGGCAUAUCCUUGGCUCGCAUUGACUUUGCACCAUAUGGAGAAAAUCCUCCACACACUCACCCUCGUGGCACUGAGAUUCUACUAGUCUUAGAGGGUAGUUUGUACGUUGGUUUUGUCACAUCCAACCCGGAAAACCGCCUUUUCUCCAAAAUUUUAAACAAGGGAGAUGUCUUUGUGUUUCCAAUUGGUCUUAUUCACUUCCAGUUCAAUGUGGGGCACACCAAUGCUUUAGCCCUUUCUGGUCUAAGUAGCCAAAAUCCAGGUGUCAUCACGAUAGCAAAUGCUGUUUUCGGAUCCAAUCCUCCUAUCAAUCCUGAUGUUCUCGCCAAGGCCUUCCAACUUGACAAGAAGAUUAUUGAAUUUCUUCAAAAAACGUUUUAAGGGACAACAACUAGAAAAACUUGGGAAACGGCUGUGAACCUUUGUCAUUCAGCCUUCUUUACCUCAUUCCAUCAUAAUGAUAAUAAAAUAAAAGGUUGCCUAUGUGUAACUCUCUUUAGAUGGAAUUGAGAUAUAAUUUAAUAUGAUGUUUGUUGAGCAUGCA